CAGAGCAUCACCGUUUCUUUGGCUCAAGCCACUGUCUGAAGUGAGGAUCCAGUAUCUGAUCCGAGGUCCACAGUGAUGUCGGAAGCAGCGAGUGUCUCGAAUCUCUCCAACACGAGCAGUCGCUCCGAGCAUAUGGCCUACCUCAUGAACGACUUGAACUUGGAUCGUGCCACAGCCGCGUUGAUGUACCGUGCUGAGCGGCUGCAGGAGAAGGGUCAGCUCCAACAGGCACUGCGAUAUUUUGAACGUGUCCUGGCGAACCACCAGGAUUGCCAGGAAGCCGCAGUGAAUGCCCGCAUGAUCAGAGAGCAGCUCGCCGAUGCACCACGCUUGGAACCAGUGCAGGAGGAGGCAAGGGAUGCAGAGGCCGCGCCGAAGCUUCAGACUGCCAACAUGCCUCUAACGGUGAUCCGCCAGGACUCUGAAAAGUGGGAUGUUUAUUGGACCGAGUCCGAGCUCCGGGAUGCGGUGUUGGGAGAGGCAAAUCGAAAGUUGCAGAAGGUUGGCAUCGUGACUCCCUUCUUGGAGAUCGUCAGCAUGGACAUCGAGACGUACACGCCAUCUGUCCAUGAUGAUCCGUGGAUGGAUACAAGGUACACGUGCCGCGCGGUGGUGCGCGCCACUUUCCCUCCACAAAUGGUGGUGGGAGCUUCAAGCCAUGCUUCAAACGAGCAGCCUGCUGCUGCCGCUGCUGAGGCAUUGCUGGCCCGGCUCGCUGGGGCCGGUGCAGCCACGCAGGCCACGGCGCCGCGCGCCGCUGGGGAGCCGGACCAGGAACCAUCGGUGUGCGAAAGUGGCAAGAAUCGUACAGCUCCAGCUGGCUCGGCGCCAUCUCAGCCGCCAGAGCCGGCGCCACCUCAGACCUGUGCGGCAGCUGCAGCUGCCGCAGGAGAAAGUGAGUCGGUGCGAAGCUCUGGGAGCCGUCACUCCUCGGUUCAUUCAUGAAUAUUCAUGAUGUUCCUCUCGGAGAGGUUGGGCUUCUCAGGCUUUGAGACGUGAAGUCGGAGCUGCCUUGAUACCACAGCCAUCGAUUGGAGAUGGCAGUGGCUAUGAAUGCGCAGAUUUUUUGAGAUAUGAUUGAUGGCGCCUCGGAAAA